AUGGCGCAUCAGAGUGACAGCUCCCGCAAGAGAAUUCGACUGUCAUUUGCAUGCAAUUAUUGUCGCUCUAAAAAGACCCGGUGUGACGAGGAGCAACCUUGUCGCAAUUGUCGUCAGGCUGGAGUCGACUGCAUCACUACCGACAAGCGACGCGCGGGUGCAGUUGUCUCCAGCCGACGACGCACCAUUGUCGCAGCGACGCCGGCGAGUGCAGGCUCUCCCAGUCCACAAGACACGCCUUCGACUCCAGAAUCCCAUUUCUCAAAUUCUUUACCUGCUUCUAGUUCUGCUGCUGCUGCUGCUGCGGCUCCGAGUGCAGGGACUGUUCCCGGCCGUGGUCAGAGCAAUGACCGGCCGCUCCUGUGGAGUCAAUGUUGGGGCCGGGAGGGCUGGCAAACGGGUCGCUUGCCCUUGAUGCCUCGAUUUGUCGGCGCGAGUACUGUUGAGAUCAUGACCGAGUGGCUAGACAUGGCACUUUAUCGUCUCAACGGGCCGAAAAUACAUGCCUUGUCGCCGGUGAUUAACGAUCGCUUUGCGGCCGUAAUCCCGGACAAGCGCCCUCUACUGCCUUCGCCGGAGGAGAUCCAGAGUUGUUUUCAAGCCUACUCAAACACCGUGGGCCAGAUGUUCCCCUUCCUCGACCCGGACACGAUAGGAAGCGAAUUUAUCAAUGAAGCGCUCGACCGAUCGAGACAUGCUUCGGAUGCGAGUCAAUGCGCACUUGUGUACUUGACCAUUGCCGCCGGGCAGAUGGCGAUGCCCGUCUCGGACGGUACGAGCAGUUUGGUCUCUUCGUACGUCGCAUAUUGCAAUACGCUUCUGGGUCACAUAGUUGCUGUACGCAGUUUAGGGGCUGUUCAAGCGAUUCUCCUCUUCUCCAUGGUCCUGCGCAGCUGCGACAAGAUCGCCUGGGCCUGGGAUAUUCUCGCCAUGGGCAUAUCCAUGGCCCAAUCGAUCGGAAUCAAUCAAAUCACACAUUCAACAUCAACAUCACUGAGCUCCAAGAAUGGGAAAUACAGAACAUGGUGGUCUAUGUACGUCUUUGAGAAAAUUCUUGCCUUUGAACUAGGCCGACCAUCUAUGGCGUGGGACCGCGACCUAUCCAGUACCCUUGCCUCGACUCGGUCCCACGAUACUAUGGAAGAUGAGGACCAAUCGUUCUGGCAGACUUCACUCAGUCUGGCAAAUAUGCUUCACGAAUUACAGGAGAGAUCGGCGAGAACGUGGAGGAGGGAGACUUGGCUGUCUCAAACCGUCGAGCAGGCAAUUGAAGAUAAGCUUCAGACUGGAGGGGAGCUCAUCGUGCUUUUAUCCGAAUGGCAACGGAAUCUGCCAGGUCAUCUCAGACUCGGCUCCACCUCUUUGCCGAAAACCCGCAACGGCGCGCGGGCGGCAUUCCUUGCGUAUUACUACAAUCUCGGUGUAAUGUUAGUCCAUCGAUCAACACUCCUAGUUGACCCAAACGAGUUACGGGAAGUGAUCGAACGAUUUGCAUCCGACAAGCCAUGGCGCCAAAGCCUGCUCAGUGGACCGUCCAUGGCCACCGAGUCAGCCCGUGAGAUGGUCAGACUAUUUGUACCGCUAGUCGACUCAGAAACACCGAAUUACCUGACACUUAUGACAUCGCCUCUUGCGGCUGUAUAUGCUCUCGCUGUUUCGAUCAUCCGCGAGAAGAGGUCGCUGCUUGUCCGCUCAGACUUUGAGUUGAUGAAAGCUGGUAUGCAAAUCAGUCGGCAUUACUAUCAAAAACACAGCACUAUCACGAACUUUGACGACAUCAUGCUUGAUCUGGAGAGUCACUUGUCCCAGAUCUUGGAAAUUCCGGUGCCCACGAGACUGGAAACCACGAGCUUGAGCUCGACUAACCCCAUUUUGAAUGACGCUGUCUUGGAAGAAAGCGCUCAAUUUCCACCAAAUACGUUCGCCUGGGGACCUUCUAGUCUGGACUGGGUCGGAUGGGAUUGGAAUGAUUUAAGCCAUUUAUUUCAGCAUAGCGAAUGA